AUGGCCUUGUUCUUCUCUCCUUCAACCUCAGCUCUUCUCUUCCUCACCCUCUCCCUCGCCCUCUACUGCAGCAUCGACCCAUUCAACCACUGCGCCAUCUCUGACUUCCCAAAUUUCGUAUCUCACGAGGUUGUCUCUCCACGUCCCGAUCAAGUUCCAUGGGAGAGAGACUCCCAGAACUCUCUCCAGAAAUCAAAGAUUCUGUUUCAGAACCAAGUCCAGGGUCCCGAGAGCGUCGCGUUUGAUCCUCUAGGACGUGGUCCCUACACCGGGGUUGCUGACGGUAGGGUUUUGUUUUGGAAUGGCCAGAACUGGACUGACUUCGCCUACACGUCAAGCAAUCGAUCAGAGAUUUGUGAUCCGAAGCCUUCUGCUCUGAGUUACUUGAGGAAUGAACAUAUAUGUGGGCGUCCUCUGGGUCUCCGUUUCGAUAAGAGAACUGGCGAUUUGUACAUCGCCGAUGCUUAUAUGGGACUGUUGAAAGUAGGUCCUGAAGGUGGCUUAGCAACGCCGCUUGUAACUGAAGCUGAAGGCGUGCCAUUGGGGUUUACUAACGAUCUUGACAUUGAUGAUGAUGGAACUGUUUACUUUACUGAUAGCAGCAUCAAUUACCAGAGAAGGAACUUUUUGCAGCUCGUCUUCUCUGGAGACAAUACUGGGAGAGUUCUCAAGUAUGAUCCAAUAGCUAAGAAAGCUGUUGUUCUAGUCUCAGAUGUUCAGUUUCCUAAUGGUGUGUCUAUCAGCAAAGACGGCUCUUUCUUUGUUUUCUGCGAAGGAGACAUUGGAAGCCUGCGAAGGUACUGGUUAAAAGGCGAGAGAGCUGGAACAACAGAUGUGUUUGCAAUGUUACCAGGGCAUCCUGAUAACGUAAGGAUAAACAAAGACGGUGAAUUUUGGGUGGCGCUUCAUUGCAGACGCAACUAUUACUCAUACAUAAUGGCAAGAUACCCUAAACUAAGGAUGUUCAUACUGAGACUCCCAAUCACUGCGAGAAUACACUACAUGUUCCAGAUCGGGAUGCGGCCACACGGAUUGGUGGUGAAGUAUAGCCCUGAAGGGAAGCUUGUGAAGGUAUUGGAAGAUAGUGAAGGGAAGGUUGUGAGAUCAGUGAGUGAAGUAGAAGAAAAAGAUGGGAAGCUUUGGUUGGGGAGUGUUUUGAUGAAUUUUGUUGCUGUCUAUGAUCUUUGA